AUGUACCCAGUCUCACCACAGACCAGCUGCGCCAAAAGGUUGGCGAUGCCGCGACACGACCACGUCUGCGCUCCCAACCCUGGUAGUCCGUCGGGCACCUCCCGAAACUCCCGUACCUCCUCUGCCUGCCCUCCAAGCACAGGUGAUUCGUGGGGAACCGCCGGCUGGCUCGGGGAGGUCGGCUACGAGGCGCGCAGGCAGGUGCGCACGCUCUUUGCAGCGGUCUCUGGCCCCGCGAGCGCCCGGGGACGGGCGGUGGCGGCCAGAACUGGCGCACAGCCGCGAGGGGCACUGGCGCCGAGGUCCCGCGGCUCCAAAUUGGCAGCGACGCGUCCUGGGCUCCAGGCUCCAAGUGCCUUAAGGGCCGCGCGCGCGCGAGACUUUCUGGGAGCGGGCAAGUCUCCGGAGUUCUCACCCAAUCCCAGCCUGGUUACUUUUCUCACAUUGCAACAGUGUCGCUACAGCGCGGCGGCUCUGCUUUGCGAAAGUUGGCGCGAGUACUUCCGAACCACGUUUUUGGCACCCGCCAAGGCCAACUGGUUUGAGACUAGUUUCUCUAGGAGGGAAAAAUCACGUAAAAUAAGUGACUUACCCGUGCCUUCUGGGUGUGCAGCUUGGAACGUGGGGUGCGCCCGGGAUUCAGUCGCGCGUCCUGGACACCAGCUUGGAGACCUCUGGCUGUUUCCAGAGGGGCGCAAAGACGCCCCACUGUCCAACAAACCUCUGGCUGUUUCCAGAGGGGCGCAAAGACGCCCCACUGUCCAACAAGCGUGUGGCCCCCUGGGCGCCCACCAGCACCCUGGGGGAGACCUGGGGAGCCCUUCCGAGUUGGGCCCUGUGCCCCUGGCCCUCCCGGGCUGGCUCACCGAACCCGCUCUCUUCCCGCUUUCCCUCUAA